AUGGUGUCCUUCCUGUCGAUUGCUCUGACUCUCCUUCUGCGCAGCACCUUGGGCUGGUCAUAUUUCGAGCCCCCCAAGUGGUCGCCCGCCCCCUGCUGGGCCCGCUGCCUCAUAAUUGUGGCCACCUUGCUGUGGGCCUCGCGCAUUGACGUCUCCCCCCACACGACCCCCAAAAUGGUGAUCCUGGUGGAGACAAUCGUGGCCUACGAUCUGCUGGACCUUGUGGUCUACGGGGCCUGGGGCAGUGUGGAGCCCCUGAUCCACCGGGCUGUCCUUUCGAAGUGCCUCGACUGGGGGAUGAGUGGCGAGGCGUUUCUCCACCACGAGUGGCUGAUCCUCGGCCUUGCCACAACUGCAGUGGCCGCGACUUUGUGCUGCUUGUUGCCCAAAUUGUACGGGUUUUUAAAGCCUGAAUGGAUUCUAUUGGCUGUAUUUUUGGUUUUUAUGGUUUAUGGAAGUGUUUACUAAAUAUAUAGAAUGGAAUAUUC